AUGAGGACUGGCCGUCGAAGAUACACAGCAGAAACUCCGGCGUCUUUGCUCCCCGAGGCCCUCACAAUGAAACCCAUUGUUCAAGCGCCGUCUCUAAAGGCUAAACGGAAUCAAAGAUCAAAGGAUAAGAAGAAGAAGAAGAACUAUAUUAUUACAGGAUUGUGGGAUGUAAUUAUUCCCUCGGAGCUCCUGCAGGAGAUACUAUCCCGCCUCGGACCAAAAGCCAACAUACAAGCUUCCGUUGUCUGCAAGACAUGGUUUGAAGCAGCUGUUUCUGUCAGGAAGCUACCGCUUCUUCCUUGGCUUUUUUAUCCAUUAAAGGAUAAAGAUGGAGACUACAUUCUUUUUGACCCAUUGAGGUCUCAAAAAUAUGAAAAGAAUGUUCCAGAUUUAAAGGACCAUGGAGCAGUCUCUUGUUCUAGGGAUGGUUGGUUGCUUGUGGUAACACAUAUUUAUGAUAGUCCCCCACAACGGAUGUUCUUUUUUAACCCGUUUACACAGGAGCGUAUCUACUUACCCAAUAGGUCACCCUUUUCCUCAGGCAGUUGCUUAGCUUUCUCAGCCGCUCCUACAUCAACUAGUUGUUUAGUCAUCUCUUUCAGCCAAUUACCUUUGGGAGGUGAUUUUGUGAUCGCUACUUGGCGGCCUGGUGAAACCGUAUGGACCGUCCAUCGCUAUUGGAACCUACCAUCCAGAGGCAGAUGGAACAAAUGUGUCUUCUCAAAUGGUGUGUUCUAUGCUCUUAGUUUAUGCGGUUACGUCGGGGUUUUCGACCCGUCUAAAGAAUCUUGGGAUGUUCUUCCAGUGAUACCCUGGCACUGUCCCGGCUUUUGUGAGAUAGAUUUCUCUAGUAAGAAAGUGUUUUUGAUGGAGCAUGAUGGAAACAUCUUUGUUAUGUCUGCAAGCCGCAACGAGAAAAACAACAACAAGAGGAACCGGUUGGUGUUUAGACUAAACCUUGAACGCAUGGUAUGGGAAGAUAAGAGCGAUGUUUGUGGCGGCUUGACUGUAUUUGCAAGUUACAUCGAUCUUGUUGACGUCUCAGCCAAGGAGAGGAACGGAACAUAUCCAUCGAGUAAUGACUUAGUUAGAUUAUACAACUCCCUCUUUGAUGAGAUGAAAAACACUUGUCCCCCUACAAGUACCUCUGACUCUAACCACGUCGCUUGGGUUGAUCCAUCUCACAACAACGUUAACUUGUGA